GAAGAAGAAGAAGAAGAAGAGGUUCAGUCGUGGGUCGUUGUUCGACUUUAUAGAGUCAUGGCUUCUCGAAGAUAUGCGCUAUUGGCAGCGAUUCUAAUCACUAUUUUUUUAGACGUAUCAUCAAUCGUCGCCACUGCCGCUGCUGUCGCGUGGAAUCCAAAAAUAUCUAGGUACAUAGGUAGUUACAACUUGGACAAGGGACCGGUGUUCUACGAGGCGUACUAUCCGGACUCUCGCGACGCUUAUCAGGAGAAACGCUACUUUGGCCGCAAUACAGUGUUGGAGACGAGUUUUCAAGUGCCCUUGGAGCGCUUCGCCGAGUACUCGGCCGAGAGAGAGAGAACCGCCGCGGAUCAUCCUAUUUCGAUUAAUGAAUCGUUCGUCGUUGUGGAUAACGAGGAGACAUUACCGAGAGAACAACGGAAAGCGCGAGUGUCUCGACGCACGUACGAUGCACGUACGACGAGUCAACUAGCGCCUUUCUCCAAUAAACGUUCAACAAUUUUCGACGAUGAUAAAAAUUCGCAAGUUGCGAAUAUCGAGGAAAUUUCCAAGCUGGUUAAAAGAGCGAUUUCCCGCGAUCUAGAGACGUGGAACGCCCUUGAAGGAUAUCUCGAUCGCACCAUCCAUCAAGAUCGGCCUCAGCUGGGGAUGUAUUCUAGAGAAAUCCACAAAAAUAGAGAAGGCGAUGGUUUCGUAAGUAAAUUGUUUCCAGGAAAUCGUGGACCUAAAGAUUUGUCGGAACGGCCGUCGAUUUUUGAGGCGUCGCCGUCGUUGCCUGGAAAAUUGGAUGCGCAUGAUGAAAAACAGGGACCUAUAUAUGCGAAUGAAAAUGCGAUGACGAGCGAGACGAGAGUAAGCGGUACGCAAGCUGUUGAUACAUCACCGCCGAUCGAUGUCAUCUCCGAUUCGUCAUCUCCGGAGAACAUUUUUCAACCGCGGCCUCAACUGAUCAAGUAUAUGUUUUUCAAGAGACCAGGACCUCCCCGGAUCGACAAACAAAAUGAGAAGACGAUCGACGAAUCUACACCACGGACUUCCGGUGACAAUCUCAUGCGUGAAGAAAUCGUCGACAACAACGGCAGACGAGUAGAAGAAAAUGUCAAAGUGACGUCUAUCGAAAUAAGCGACGUGCCGCGACACAAAACGCGUCAUCAUCACGGUGAAUGGCCUAAACGAGAUUACUCCAUUCAUCGUCAUCACUCGCGACCCGCUUACCCGACUGUCUCAUAGAAACAAAACGUACGUACGUGUAACGUCAUUAGAUUUAUACUCAUUUCCGCUAUCCCUAUAUUAUUAAGUAAUAUAAUCUAUCUAUAUCAUUAAGUAUACUGACAACGUGUACUAUAUCUCAAACUAUUUAUUGCGAAUAUACCAUUGAAUACACGUGCAACAAUCA